AUGGAUGGCUACUACUCCCCCCAUCAGCAGCAGCAACAGCAGCAACCAUCUCAGCAGUUCCAACAACCUCGAAUGCAGCAGAACCAGCAGAACCACAUGCAGCACAAUAUGAAUGACCCGACUUUCUACCAGGGAGGAGAUUCCCUCGAUGAUAUUGUGCGCGAUAACCAAGACAAGCUAUACCGCCGACAGAGCAUGCCUCAAGCCUUUGCUAACCCUAUGGGUCAGUUCCAGAUGAAUCAGCAACAGCAGCAGCAGCAGCAAGGGCAAAGGCGGAUGUCUUCAGUCGGCAACGGCGACAUGAUGAGCUUUGGAACCGAUAACGCCGACCUCAACUCAUACCAAUUCAACCAACCACCCAUGGGAGGGGUGUUUCCCACCAUUAAUACCUCCAUCGGCAUGGACCAAAUGGGCAAUUAUAUGACAUCCGACCCAAAUGACUAUUCGACCAUAUCCCCUGAUAUGAUGAGUUCUAUGAUGCCCUCUACCUUUGCAAGCAUGAGCGUUGGAGCACAAAUGGCCGGCAACGCUUCACCGAUGAACCUUUACUCACCGUCCAUGAGCCAGUUCCCACAAGGCCAACUGACCCCUCAAGUUCAGGUUGGUAAUGACUUCUCCAUGGAUCUUUCUCCAGAUGCAGGCUCCAUGAAUAUGAACCAAACCAACCCCCCCACGACGACCCCGAUCCCUGCUCCCGCCAACAACGCCAUGGAUACCAUAGAGGACUCGGGCGACAGUAUGAUGAACCAUCAGGCUUUCAACAACAUGAAUGCUGGAGAUAACAACCAAAACUUACCUGCACUUUCUCGCCAAGUCUCAACUGCCUCCGGCUCUGUUGUUUCACCUCCACAGCAACACUCACACGGAGCCAUGUCCUCUUCAACCGUUACUCAUCCGACCAGCACUUCAGUUGCAACGACCCCAUCAACCGGCGAUGCCCCGAGGGACUCGAAGGAAAAGACGAUAUACUCAAAGAGUGGAUUUGAUAUGCUUAAAGCUCUGUGGUUAGUCGCUACUCGUAAGAACCCGCGCAUACAACUUGGCGCUGUGGAUAUGUCCUGCGCCUUUGUCGUCUGCGAUGUCGCCAUGAACGAUUGCCCUAUUAUAUACGUUUCCGAUAACUUCCAAAACCUUACCGGCUAUAGUCGUCAUGAGAUUGUCGGUCAGAACUGCCGCUUUCUGCAGGCCCCAGAUGGCAAAGUCGAAGCGGGCUCCAAGCGAGAGUUCGUUGAUGACGGAGCUGUCUACAAUUUGAAGAAGAUGGUUCACGAAGGCAGGGAAGUUCAACAGAGUCUUAUCAACUACCGAAAGGGCGGAAAGCCUUUCCUCAACCUUCUUACUAUGAUCCCCAUCCCGUGGGACACUGAUGAGAUCAGAUAUUUUAUUGGUUUCCAGAUUGAUCUCGUCGAGUGUCCGGACGCGAUCGCAUCGAACCAAGACCUUGGCGGUGUAAAGGUGAACUACAAACACAGCGACAUUGGCCAAUAUAUCUGGACACCACCGCAAUCCAGUCACUGGGAGCCCGAUAAUGGCCAGACAUUAGGCGUUGACGAUGUCUCCACGCUGUUGCAGCAAUUCAGCCCCAAGGGCCUCACCUCUGAUUGGCAUAAGCAAUCAUGGGAUAAGAUGCUCCUCGAGAAUACCGACGAUGUGGUUCACGUUCUCUCGCUCAAAGGUCUCUUCCUAUAUCUCUCUCCGUCCUGCAAGAAGGUCCUAGAAUAUGAGGCUGCGGAUUUGGUUGGCAACUCACUCUCAACAGUAUGCCAUCCAUCUGAUAUCGUUCCUGUUACACGCGAGCUGAAGGACACAACAACCGGAAACCCUGUCAACAUUGUGUUCCGAAUACGCAGAAAGCACAGUGGUUACACUUGGUUCGAAAGCCAUGGUUCACUGUUUGUCGAACAAGGAAAGGGUCGAAAGUGCAUCAUCUUGGUAGGCCGCAAGCGGCCGGUGUUUGCUCUAAGUCGCCGCAAUCUUGAAGCGAAUGGUGGUAUUGGGGACAGCGAACUUUGGACGAAGCUCUCGACAUCGGGCCUGUUCUUAUACGUCUCUUCGAAUAUCAGAUCUCUCCUCGACCUCCAGCCUGAUAGCCUGGUGGGAACCAGUAUACAGGAUCUUAUGCGAAAAGAAUCACGUCCCGAGUUUGGGCGAACACUGGAAAAAGCCAGGCGAGGAAAAAUUGUCACCUGCAAACACGAGGUCCAGAACCGUAGGGGCCAAGUGUUGCAAGCCCAGACGACUCUGUACCCGGGUGACGCUUCUGAGGGCCAAAAGCCAUCGUUCUUGCUUGCCCAGACAAAGCUUCUCAAGGCAUCAUCACGUAACCUGGCUCCCGCCAGCACCGGUUCCAGGUCUCUCGCCGCAACCCCGAGAUCCAGUAACGGCACCGAAAUCCACGCCACGGGUCAUAUUUCACAGCCUGCCGGUGGUGCGUUGGCCCCCGGUAGCCAAGACGCUGCUUUGGCCUCGGAGGACAACAUUUUUGAUGAAUUGAGAACAACGAAAUGCUCUAGCUGGCAAUUCGAGUUGCGGCAGAUGGAAAAGAUUAAUCGUAUUCUUGCUGAGGAACUUGGCGGUCUGCUUUCCAGCAAGAAGAAACGUAAGCGAAGAAAGGGCGUUGGCAAUGUGGUGCGAGACUGCGCCAACUGCCACACAAGAAACACGCCCGAAUGGCGAAGAGGACCCAGUGGUCAAAGGGAUCUUUGUAACAGCUGCGGUCUUCGGUGGGCCAAACAAACUGGUCGGGUUUCUCCACGCAACUCUUCUCGCGGGGCUAAUACAGCAAAUGGUGAUGCUCGAAGCAAAAAGUCCAACUCUCCCUCGUCACCGCUGCAUAAAGAAUUGUCAGCAGACAACUCCAAAGCGCAAACACCCAACGGUGAAAACGGCAUAAAUCCAGCCCAACUCACGAAGCAAAAGAUAGAAAAUGGAACAUCGGCACCCAGCGGUGCCCCUUCAGCGACAGGGGUCAAAUCAUCGGCCGGAAUGCCACCGCUAAGCCAUUCAUCCAUGUUGGGCGUCGGCCAGGCCUCGUCGAUGGCUUCGAUCCGAGAAGAGCGGGAGACGAGUCAGCCUUGA